AUGGGAGAGCUUAGUAAGGGAGGAAGGUGGAAGACUUCAGAUGACAGUGGAGAUGCAAAAGUGGUUAGUAGAGGUGAUGCUGGACUGGCCCAUGAAAAUGAUAGGAAAUAUCAAAAUCGGAAUGUCACACAUGGAUUCCAUAUGGUACGGGGAAAGAUGGGUCACUGGAUGGAAGAUUUUAUUGUCGCUGAUAACAGGAAGGUUUCUGGGUAUUAUUUGGGGCUCUAUGCAAUUUUUGAUGGUCACUCUGGUUGUGAUGUUGCCAAAUACUUGCAGAGUCAUCUCUUUGAAAAUAUUCUGAGCCAGAUGACAUAUCAUUUGCACUCAAAUCCCCGUAAUAUCAUGUUUGUCAAAUUUGGUGACUCCCGUGCAAUAUUGUGCAGAAAUGGUAAAGCCAAAGGAAUAACAAUUGACCAUGAGCCAUUAAAGGAGAAAAAACAAGUUGAAAACAGAGGGGGAUUCGUUGUAAAAUUGCCAGGGAACGUCCCUCGUGUGGACGGCCAACUAGCAAUGACAAGAGCAUUUGGAGACAAAAAAGUUAAGAAACACAUUACAGCCAAGCCGGAUGUUAUAAUCAAGAAGAUAGACAAGGACAUAAACUUCCUGAUACUGGCGAGUGAUGGUCUCUGGAAGGUGAUGUCAAACCAGGAGGCUUGUGAUUGCAUUUGUAAUAUUACCAAUGCUCAAGAAGCAUCAGAGCAGCUGAUUAAGGAGGCGCUACUUAGGGAGAGUCGUGACGAUAUCUCCUGUAUAGUAGUCAUGUUUGAUGGAUAAUCUAAUUGUCCUGUGUUGACGGAUAAUCUGAUCAUCCUUCAACCUCUAUGGGGACUCCAUAUCGAUGUCUGGACUGAGAAGCAAUGCCUAAAGGGCAUGAAUGAAAGUAUAGAUCCUUAUAUAGAAAGCUUAAGUUGUCUGUAGAAAAGUCUCCUAGAUUUUAAAUAGUACUAUCAAGUCAGAAGUCUGUAUAUCUGUUUAUACUUUCGCUGAGAUUUCCAUAUGGUGUUGUAUAACUUCAUUACGUUAUGGUAUUUUAUUU